AUGGGACGCAUAGCAGAUUUCCUAGGCGCUCCACAGUCUUCUGUUCGACGCGGGCCAAACCAGGUUAUAAUCCAGGGAGAAGAACCAACUAUAGAUCAGGUUCGACCACCAAGGCAAGCGCCUGACGAAAGGGUCAUGGGGGCAAGAUUGGAACAACAGCCAAUUCGACGGGAAGUCCCUGAAGAAAAACCUAGGAGAGUGAUAAUGGUUAAUAGAGACCAGGAUGCAGGCGAAGUAAUUCAUAGGGUCAGGCGGGAAAACAUGGUGGAAAAUGACUUAACUAGUAUGAUAGAGAGAAUCAUGGCCCAGAAUGGUCUGAAUACAGGACUUCGACGGCCAAAUUAUUCCUCUCUUUUAUCAGAAUAUGUCCUACAAACAGAAUUACCAAGGGGUUGUAAAAUCCCUAAGUUCACCAAAUUCUCAAGGGACACUAGUGAAUCCACUAUAGAACACUUAGCCAGAUACAUGACUGGGGCGGGGGACUUGGCGAACAGUGAGAACCUAAGAAUGAAAUAUUUCCCCAGUUCUUUAACAAAGAACGCCUUCACGUGGUUUACAACUUUGCCACCAAAUUCCAUAGAUGCUUGGCCUCAGUUGGAAAGAUUGUUUCAUGAACAACUCUACAUGGGCCAAACUAAUAUAAGUCUUAAGGAAUUAGCCAGUAUUAAAAGAAAAUUCACCGAACCUAUAGAUGAUUAUCUGAAUAGGUUCCAUUUGUUGAAAUCUAGAUGCUUCACAAUAGUGCCUGAACACGAGUUGGUCGAAAUGGCCACUGGAGGUUUAGACUAUUCCAUCAGGAAAAAGUUAGAUACCCAGCAUCUAAGAGAUAUGGCCCAAUUAGUAGACAGGGUUCGACAGGUCGAACGCUUAAAAUAUGAAAAGGCCAGAGCGAAUAAGAAUUAUAAGAAAGAGAGGGUUGCUUAUGUCGAAUUCGAAGACGGGGAGUCUGAAAUCUCUGAUGACCUUUAUGGUCUUGAGGAAUUCGAAGUAGAUUUGGCUGAAUUAAAAGAAGCAACACCUUAUGCCUGCAAAUUACUUACACCUUCGAAUGGCAGGAACCCUAUCGAAACUGAAAAGAAUGAUAGAUUUCCUAAAAAGACUUACACAUUUGAUGUUACCAAAUGUGACGAGAUCUUCGAUUUAUUAGUAAAAGAUGGCCAAAUGAUAGUGCCUCCUAAUACCAAAAUUCCUCCGGAUCUUAUUCAGAAUGCAAUUAGGGAUGGCCACCUCAAGUUCGCUGACAAAGGAAAAAACCAGAUGAAGGUUGACGCUGAUCCCCUCAACAUUGCUGAUACAAAUUAUGCUGAACCUGUCAAAAUCAACAUGAUUGACGUAGGGGAAGUGGAGGAUAUAAAGGCAACAGGAACUGAAGGCUAUGCGCCAGAUGGAAAGCAGGCUACUGAUGGCCUAAAUCACGAUGUUCCCUUUGGAAUCUCUGUCAAAGGUAAACAGGGUGCUAACGUCGAACCAAGGGCCACUAAAGGUCUCAAGGGGAAAGCAACUGAGGCUACUGAGGGCCUAAGGAAGAAAUUCAAGGAAAUUUCAAUCACUGAUGGCGCCAGUCUAGGUGUCAACAUGGUGGAUCUGAAACAACCCCCCCCCCCCCCCCCCAGAAAUGGAGGAAGUGGAGAAAUGGAGGAAGAUGGAGCAAGAGGGGAUGCAGUUUGGCUAUCCCAAAGCCAACGAAAGCCUACGUGA